AUGGUAUCAUCUUCGAUGAUUAACGGUGAUAUACCACUUGCAAAAAAUGCAUGUGUUAUUAGGCCGAAAGUUAAUGUAAAUCUACAUAUAUCCUUAAAAAAUAGAAAGAAUGCAAAGAACGGUGCCGCAAAUGUUUCUCAUAAUUUACAAAGACAUGUUGAAAAGCGUAUUAACGAAAGAUCGCUGUAUUAUGCUGCUAAGGAAAAAUACUAUAGAAACAAAGGAAAGAAAUAUGAUAAACUUCGUCAAAGUGUUGAAUGUGGGGAAUCCCAUAUAUUGAAAGAAUAUUAUCAUUCACGUAAUCGAGUUAAAAGAUGCUCAAGAAAGCAUAAGAAGCAUAAUUAUGAAAAAUGUUCCGUGUGUAAAAGUCUUGUACAACGAUAUCUUGUAUUAGGGGAAAAUGCCAAUGAAAUUGUUGAAAAAAUUAAUGAAAAGACAAAUGACAGUAUGUGCAAUUCGAUUUGUAACGCAGAUCGAAAUUCCAAAAUGAACGAAUUGAUCAAAGGAGAAGUCGAAGAAAACUAUAGUACAACUAAACGGAUUACACCGGCGGCACCAGUUCGAAAAUUUGAUAUUGCUGAAAAUAUUAAAAAUGAUGAUGUCACUAGAUUGUCAAAAAAUGAGUCAAAUUUGGAUAUUAACAAUGAAAAAGAUUUGAAUUCUUAUAAUUUGUCAAACAUGAAACAUAUUGUACUUUCACAUGAUAAGAAAUUAGGGGACACUUAUAUUAUAUCGAACAAAGAUAUACCUGAUUUAGAAAAUAGAGUAGAACAAAAAGACAAUAGUUAUCAAUUGGUUAAGUGCGAGAAUCAAUCUAAUGACAUAUCAACAAAGGAAUACAUGUACACAAUUUUUGCUGACCUCAAUGUUUCUGAAAUGAUAGAUUUGAUGAAUGGAAAACCAUCGAAUAUCACACCUGUUAAGGAAGAACAACCACAAUUCAAUAUUGCUUUAGAUGAAAUAGAAAAAAAAAUUAGUAUAAAAAAGUUGGCUGAUCAAUCACUUAAUUCAGAAAAUUGCAUAGUAGAUGAUAAGAAAUCUGUGAAAUUAGAAAAAAAAAGAAAGUUGAAGAAAAAAGCUUCAAAUUUAGUUAAGCUUUCUGAAGAAGGUGAUGUUGAUAAUGAAUCAAAUUGCUCAAGUAAAAGUUCUGGUAGUUCAUCACGUUGUUUUAAAAGAGGAAAAACUAUAUUAAAAGAGAAAUCGUCGUCGAGUUGUUAUAAUAGUGAUAAUAAUAAGUUUACUCAGGUUGAAAAAAAAGAACUGAAGGAAAAGAAAUCAUAUAAAAAUAAGUAUGCCUCAAAUGAAUUAAUUGGUUCAAAAAAUCACCAGUUUACCAAAAAGACAUUUGUUUCUAGAAAUCUUCAAAUUGCUAAAGAAAUUUAUAAUAAAGAUGAAACUUUAAAAAACAAUAAGACUAUGAAAAAUAAUAUUAAUAGUAAUUCUGAAACAAUAACAUCAUAUGAGAAGGUUGAGAAUGGAAAAGAUGUAUGUGACUCAUUUAAGUUAUCUAAUCAAUCAACAGCAUUAGGAAGUAGUACGGUAUUAGGAAAAUAUAUCCCUUUGGAAAUAUAUCAAAAAGAAAAAUAUUGUUGCAAACAGUUAGAGAGAGAAGUUGCUAGAGAGGAUGAAAUUGUUAUUGAGGAUGAAAUUAUUAGUGAGAAUGUAAUUGUUAUUGAGGAUGAUAUUAUUAGUGAGAAUGAAGUUACUAACGAAGAUGAAAUUACUAGUGAAAAUGAAAUUGUUAGUGAGAAUGAAGUUGCUAGUGAAAAUGAAAUUGUUAGUGAGAAUGAAAUUGUUAGCGAAAAUGAAAUUGUUAGUGAGAAUGAAGUUGCUAGUGAAAAUGAAAUUGUUAGUGAGAAUGAAAUUGCUAGUGAGAAUGAAAUUGCUAGUGAAAGUGAUUGCAGUGAUAAAUCUGACUUAGGACACCAUUAUAACGAUGAGAAAUUAUUUUAUGAAAGCUAUAAAUUAAAAGAUAGUGAUGCAAAGAAAAUCGAUGAUGAACAACCAGAGGGAGAAACACCUAUAAAAAUGGGUAAGAGCGACAAAAUUAAAGAAACCAAUCAUUCUAAUACAAAGAAAGCUCAUGUCAAUAAUUUAACACAAGAAGAACACCGUAGAUUACUUGAAUAUUAUGACGGAAAAUUGCCAUCAACAUUUUAUAACGAGGAAAAUUUUGAAAACCCAUUUAAAGCAAACGACGAAGGUUCAGAAGAACCAGAUUAUUCAAAUUUAUUUUUGGGCUCUUUUGAUAUUAAUAAGAAAGAUGAAAUUGAAGAAAAUUCAGCUAUAGAGUCAAGCAAUAACAAAUUUACUAGUUCCUUUUUUCCAUCAAGUUUUUUUAAUUCAGAUGAACCUAUUAUUGCUAAUGAAAUAUUUGGAUUACCCAAUACUGAGAAUAAUGAUGUAGAUACACCUGUAAAAUUUAAAAAUUCAUUUGAAACUACAAAAGAUAAUUUAAAUACAAAGAAAGAUAAUAAUAAUAAUGCAGUAGAAAAAAAAGAUAGACAAAUUAUUAAAGAAGAAAAAAAUUAUUCACGUAAAAGAAGUAAAAAUAUUAUAUUUGAUGAAUCAUCACCACAAAGUAAUAAGAAAUUUAAAUACUCCAAUAAUUAUAUGAACAUUAAUAAUGUAGUAGAAAAAAACGAUGAUCAAGAUACUCAAUAUGAAGAAGAAAAAAGACAAAAUUUACUUAAAAACACACGUGCUAAAUCAUAUAGUUCAAUAAUUAAAAAAAACUGCAAGCUUAUGUCUUAUGGACAAAAUAAGGAUUACGAUAGUAUGCCAAAAACAAGUAUUAAAAAAAAGGUUAGAUUUCAAAAAGAAGUGACAAUAAUACCUAACUUACCCCUCAAAAAAAAUAAUAUCGAUUUUCCUAAUUUAAUUAAUGAAAACAAUAAUAUGCUUAUUUCUUAUGAACAAAAUAGAAAUAUUAAUAAUGUAAUAGAAAGACAGGGUAAUCAAAAUGUUUCAAUUAAAAAAGAAAUAAAAAUUAAUCCAUCGAAAUUGGAUAAUGUGAAUAAUAAUAUUAUGAAUUUAAAUAUUGUAACUAAGAAUAAUGCCAAAAAUAAAUAUAUGAAUUCGGUUAAUGAUACGUGCCAAAAUAGAGAAAUAUGUACUCCUAUCCAUAUGACCCAUAAAAAUAAUAACGAAAUAUUCAAAAGUAGAGAAACAGAAAGCCUUAGUAAAUCGUUACAAAAAAGAGACAUGUAUAUAAAGCAAGGGUUGUAUAAAGAUAUCGGAAUGGAUCUUAUUAAUGUAGUACAUAAACUUAGAGAAGAAAAAGCCAUUAGUGAACAACAUGAAGAGAAAAAAAUUGAACCCACUAAUGAAUUAUCCAAAAAUACAGGGAUUGAUUCGAAUGAUGAAGCUUCAAUAACAACAGAAUUUAAAACUGUUGAUGAAAUACUUGCAGAGAACGAACGUCGAAUUCUUAAUUAUUAUGCAAUGUUAGACAAAGCUGAAGCCAUUAAGAAAGAACAAGAAAUUAAAAAUAGUGCUGAUAAAAUUUUAAUAAAGAAAGAACAAGAAAUUAAAAAUAGUGCUGAUAAAAUUUUAAUAAAGAAAGAACAAGAAAUUAAAAAUAGCACUAAUGAAAUUUUAAUAAAGAAAGAAAAAGAAAUUAAAAAUAGUAUUGAUAAAAAUUUAAUAAAGAAAGAAAAAGAAGAACAUAUUGUAGUUAACAAUAAUAAUUUAAGUCCUUUAAAUUCAAGAAAACGAGCACUUAGUGAGAAACCUACGCCACCAAAAAAAUAUACAAAGAAAAUACUGAAAAGAAAUGUAAAUAAGAGUGCCUCAUGUUCACCAUCUCAAAGCCGCCAUUCUUUAUCUGAUAAUAAAAAUAUAUAUGCCAAAAAUGACAUGAAAGACAUAAAAACGCUAGAAAAAUCCAAUAAUGUAAACGACCAUAACGAAAAUAGUCAUUAUAGCGAAGGUGGUGCUACAGAUUCGUCUGCCGCAGCACAGUCGUCAGUAGAUAAAAUGUAUGAAAGAUACCUUAAAUAUGCUGGUACCAAACGAGAUUGGGAAAAUAGAUUUGUCGAGGGUAAAUCAAAUCCAUUUAGUAAUGGCCAACCGUACCAUAACGAUAUAUUAGAAAAGCAUACUUCCUGUUUAAUAUCGGAACGAACACAAAGACAUUUAGAAAAACGAUCGUAUGAAUUUCAAAAACAAAAAGAAAGAGAAAGAAUGAAUCGAAAUUCGACAAGACCCGUAGUAGAAGCUCCUAAAGUUAAAGAGUAUAAUUGUAAAGUACUUACAGAAUAUUGGGAUUGGGAUAAUGAACAAACUAAAGAAUUUUGGAGUUGGGAUAAGAAAGAUAAUUUAAAUUUUUGGAACAUGGAUUAUGACAAUGCUAAAAAAUUUUGGAUGUGGGAAAAAGAAAAGCAAGAAACAUGCGAAAAUAUAUCAAAUAACACAAUGAAUUUAGAAAAUGAAGAUAUAUUAAAUAUUAUAAAAGAAAUUAUAGAAUCUCGAAAUAUCAACAUCCCAACUACAAAUACCCAAAAUCUCGAAAAAAAUAUAGACAUAUCAACAAGUACCCCAAUUCUAGAAAAAAAUUAUAUGCCACAAAAAAAUAUUCCCAAAACACCAAAAAAUACUCCAACACCACCAAAAAAUAUUCAAACAACACCAAAAAAUAUUCCAAAAACACCAAAAAAUACUCCAACACCACCAAAAAAUACUCCAACAUCAAAAAAAAAUACUCCAACACCAACAAAAAAUACUUCAACACCAACAAAAAAAUAUUCAAACAAUAUCAGAAAAUAA